CAUUCACCCACGUGCUAACCUUUCCCCUAGUUUGACAGUCGGCACUGCAUUUUUGAUAGACGCUUCGUUGACAAAGAACAUUCAAAAGUUUAGAAGCCUACCAAAAUAAUACAGAGUGUACUGUCCUUUCCGACAACCCUUCUGCUCUCAUCCGGAGGUCCCGGUUCGAGGAUGUGGACGACCACUAUAGCACGAUGUACCCUGCCGACCAUGCUCAAGCGAAGCUCCGUCUUGGCCUGCCAUGCCUUGAGGGCUGGGGGUAGGCCUGGAUCUCCUUCUCUUCACCUGACCUGGAGGCAGCUCCGUGGGCACGGGACCCAAGCACCCGCCCCGCUCCCUUCCACCGCCCUGGGGGACAGCCCUGGGGUGAGGCAGGUCCGGGCCCUGGAGCAGGAAAGGCUACUGGAGGUUGAGUGGGAGGGCAGCGGACAGAGCCUGUACCCGUACACAUGGCUUAGGGACAAUUGUCAAUGCCCACUGUGUACCCUGCAGUCGGCCCAGGCCCGCAGCCUGCUGCUCUCCCAGCUGGACAUCCACACUGGGGUCGACCGGGUCCAAGUCACUGACAACAACAAGGUGUCCAUAGUGUGGCCGGACCAGCACACCAGCGAGUUUGACCCAGAAUGGCUAAGGAAACGGUGCUUCUCUCCUGCUGCCAGACAAGCCCUACAAGAGGAGCUCUUCCUAAAUGAGCGUGUGUACUGGGACUCAGAGCUGCGGAUCCCCACGGCCAACUUCGAGGAGGUCCUCCACGACGACAAGGCCGCCCUGGCCUGGCUGCUGGCUCUACGUCGCGUGGGCAUCGUCUACCUGAAGGGGGCGCCGGUGGAGCAGGGUCAGGUGGCCCGCCUCAGCCAGAGGAUCGGAUACCUCCGACUGACAUUCUAUGGGCACACAUGGCAGGUGCAGGACAAAUCCCAGGCUAACAACGUGGCCUACACCUCUGGCAAACUCAGUCUCCACACUGACUAUCCAGCACUGCACUACCCACCUGGAGUGCAGUUCCUGCAUUGCCUGAGCCAGGCUGGCGAGGGCGGGGAGAGUGAAGCGGUGGACGGCUUCCACAUGGCAGAUCAACUGAGGAGAGAAGACCCCGAGGCCUUCAGGACCCUCACCUCCCUGCGGGUGGACUUCACCGACACAGGGUCCGACUACUGUGACUUCAUGGUGCAGUCCAAGAACCACAUCAUAGAUGUUGACAGUGAUGGGCGGGUGGUCCGGAUCAACUACAACAAUGCCACCAGGGACUCUGUGCUGGACCUCCCCCUGCACCAGGUCCAGGCCUUCUACAGCUCCCUCAAGGCCUACGUCCAGCUGAUGACGCGACCAGAAAACAUGCUCACCUACAAGAUGGAGCCUGGCGACCUGGUCACCUUUGACAACUGGCGCCUGCUCCAUGGGCGGAAGAGCUUUCAGAGCCACCCAGACCGGGUGAGGCACCUGGAGGGAGCCUACCUAGACUGGGACGAAGUCAUGUCUCGCCUGCGGAUACUCUGCAAGUCUGUCCACGGAGAGAGCUAGACCCGCCAAGCCCCCAGAGCGAAGCCUCCUCCAACUAUAUAGAACCGCAUCAAUCUACAACAGGGCUCUCCAACCCUUUUCCUGGAUAGCUACCGUCAUGUAGGUUUUCACUCCAACCCUAAUCUAGUGCACCUGAUUCUAUUAAUUAGCUUGUUGAUAAGUUGAAUGAAUCAGUUUAGUUGCAACUGGGAGUGAAAACCUACAGGAGGGUAUCUCUCCAGGAACAGGGUUGGAGAGCCCUGAUCUACAGAAUUUCUGAGCGGCCAAAAGAGGCAGAGGCUAAUUGUCUAGUGGGCUACGGCUACUCGUGUGUGAGUCAAGAUGGCUGCCAGUUUUUUGAACAGAGUGACAAUUGGGCAAAGUGCAAGAAGAUGGGGAAAAGGGUUGAGCACUUUCCUAAAUGAUACACACUCCCCUUUAUAAGUGCUAACAGAGGCAUAGAAGCUGUUUAUGAGUAGCAUACCUAUGAAGAAUCUGUCUGUUACUGUAUGAAGCCGGUAGACUAUAGUGCCUUUGUUCCUAGGGUUGUGUAAGCGAAAAUAUUGACCUAUCUUUCCCUUUGCUCUAAUCAAUUUUUCUAUCGGCCUGUGUUCUGCUGGUCAUAAUUUGGCAGCACUUUACUACAUCAAUGUCUUAAGGGUGUCACGUCAACAAGAGGUGAUGAAGUUUUUGACAUUUUCUACCUCUUGUAUCCAGUAGUAUAGUUCAGUUUCAGCCAUCUAACCUUAAGACAAAAAAAGUGUAUAGCACUAGUAUCAGCCCCACAAAUCAAUCAUUUUUUAAUAACUCUCUUUACAAUAACUCUUCGUACGUAAAAUGUAUGCACAUGCAAGUUUGGAUAAAAGCAUAAGCUAUGUGAUUAAUCUAAAUUUACAGAAUGGUUACCUGAAGGAAAUUGGGGGAGGGUCAUGCUUUUUCAAUUUCAGUCAAGGGGAGGGUUUAGUCAUUUUUUUUGUUAUCUAGUCCAGGGGGAGGGUCAUGUAAUUUAUGAAAUUUCAAUAUUUAUCAAUGUUUUAGAAGAACUUUUCUCUGAUUUUUCGCUGGGUGCUCAAUAUCAAGUGUGCAUAUAGACUCUUUAGUGUAGUCUCAAUCAAAUGAUCCAUAGCCUAUAGGCUACGAAGUGCAUGCUCAGAGAAGCACAGAGCAAAGUUAUAUUUCUAAGAUAGCUGAUGAUGGUGUAAAUACAACUUGGCUGCAUUACACACCGCAAUGGAUAUUCCAAUCCGGAGCCCCUGCCUGCUCUGGCUGAUCAAAAACGUUUUUGUGUGCUGCCUAACCAAUGGCUGUGCUGUGUAGGGCUACAGUGGCAGUUCAGGAGGCUUCUACAAAUGUAAAAAUGGACUAGCUAGUAUGGACUAGCCUAUGUUCUGUUCAGUUUGAGAAGGAGAGCGCAACAAUAUGUUUCUCGCCCAUUAUGUAUUUAUCAGAGUCAUUGACCUCACAAGAAGCCAGACUCGAGUAACUUACAUCGUGUCGCUGAAACUUGAAGCAGCAGCCGCGGCACAAUCAAUCAGAAAUAGACAGCUCAUGGUGCUGAAAGUAGGAAUAAUUCAUUUCAGCAGUCUUCAUUUGAAUGAGACUUUACUAACAACAAGAGGUCUUUGUGUUGGAGCCUAUUUCUUCCUAUUUAAGAAAUUAGGUAAGCCUACCUGUUUGACAGACGAAAUUAGGCUAUGGACUGCUAUAUCCAUAGAUUUGUCGCUCAAUUACUCCACCCGCUCUUUAAAUAUCCAUGUCAAUGACAGGCUGUUAAGUUAAAACCAAGACUCGAAUUGACGGGGUAUGAAAGGGGAAGCCAUCGGCCUAUUCGCUUAAGAUUUGGAAUAAAAUUAAACUGAUCCGAUUUAUAUAAAGUGAUGUAUAACAGUGCCUUGGCCCGAGAUGCUUUAUGCUUGUGUCUAGAAACAAGCAUGAAGGUGUAAAAUACCCAUUCAGAGGCUGAGAUUCAACCUUUUAUAGCCUGAGAAGACAUAACAGACUUUGCUUGGGAAGUAAUUUCAUUCUGUCACUAUCAAUUGAUUAAGCUAUUCACUUUCUGUAGGCUAAAAUAAUGUUUAAAACCAGAAAGCUUUUAGGGAAACACUUGACCUUCCCUCGUUGUGUUAAACCACGUAAGAACAGAAGCCAGCAGUUAAAGCUUACAUUUUGUGGCGUCGGUAAGUCUACUCUGUCUGGGUUGGAAAGGUAGGCCUACUCUGUCUGGGUUGGAAAGGUAGGCCUACUCUGUCUGGGUUUGAAAGGUAGGUCAACCUUUUGAAAGUACCAUGUUUAGAUUCCUAAUGACGUCUCAGAUUUAAUUAUUUGCAAACAAGACACGGAUUUGGCAUUGGAGAAAUAUUGUAAGAUUAACACUUAAGCCUCUCUGUUAAUGUUUAGAAUGAAAUUUCGGUAAUUUGUGUGGUAUUUAAAAAUACAUGUGAAAUUAUGAAUUUAAUUACAUUUUCAUAAAAGGCUUCUUUUUUUAAACCGGUAAAUAUGAUUGAUUAAUGCAAUGCUUUUACUAUAAAAGGAGAUGUUUCCACCCCUAGGCUACUCUUGUCCAUGGUGGUCUGCAUGCUUCUGGCCCGCAGACCAGUGCGAUAUCAAUAUUCCGGCAUUGCCAUGUAAUGCUUACAGGAUGAAGAACAGUUUCUAAAAGUGCGUAUCUAAGGUGCAGGUACAAUAUAUUUUGCUGAAGGGAGGGCACUCCAUUUUCAUUUUAAAGAGGUUUGAUUUUCUCCAUGUAACCCUUAUUAUAAAUAACUCGUCCUCUUCAGUACACGUGCAUGUUGAAAGCCACAUUGUGCAACUUGGCAUUUACUCCAGUUCCAGUACAAACAAAUAUUUGCUAUUCAGUUACAAUCGUCUAUUCUUUAUUACAUAUAUAGUUAAUGCUAACAGCACUCAUUGUAAUAAUUUGCGGUGAUAUGUGAGUCAGUGCCUUCACAAAUGUGUUAAUUUUAAAAAAGGGUAUUGUCUGAGACCAUGCUAGUAUUGCAUUAAAUCUUCACAAAUAUUACUCUAGAUUUCAUUCUUAUGUUUUCCAAAUAUAUGUAUGCACAUUGGAUAUGUGCUACAUCAUUUUGGUGUUCAUCCAAACUUUGAGACAAAAUGGAGGGCUUUAGUUGACAACUUUUAUUUUGAUAUUGCCAAAGCUGUACAUGUUCUAUAAAUACUUAUUUCAAACACAAAUAUUUACAACCUUUUCAAUUAUUCCAUCACUUUCUCUCUCAACAGCAGUAGGCUAGCUAGCACAAUAAUAGGGUUGGUUGGUUUCAAAUACUCCCGUUUCGUAAUGUUCUCAUUAUAUGUAACUAGUCUAACAAACUAUACUAUUAUGUUCUGUUACCGUUUUGAGACACUCCUCAUCCAGUUACUCUCAUAUUUACACCAGUGUUUUUAUUGUCAAGAAUGAAAUACCUCUCAUGGAAGUUGUAACAAUAUUUUUCUUACACACGCAUUUCAUCUCUAAAAAAUAAAAGCCACGUAAACAUUAAAAACAAUAUCCUGAUCAUAUAGCUGUAUUACUCAUAUAUUGCUGAUCUGGCAAAACAACACACUGCAUGUAUACACUCACAUACACACCACUUACAGUUGGGCUAGAUUGGAUUUAUUUAUCUUACUACAAUACAGACACAACAUGAAGACUUAACACACCUCUCCAACAGACAAAACCAUAACAGCAGUAGGUUUACACAUCUCUACAAUCUCCACAUAUAAACAAUAGGUCAUCAUAUUUAUUUACUUCAAUAAAUAUGUAUGACAAUGAAGUCCUUUUUUACAAUCUUUGCUCUUUGUAAGCCAGAAUUGCCAAGAUUUAAAAAAAAUCUGAACAAUGAUCUGGCUCUGGCUAACUACGUAAAGUAUUGCACAUCUAGUGAAUAAACCACACUUUGCAAAACA